CAGUGUGGGUGCGCGGGGCAAAAGGACACGGAAACAGGUUUGCAAGCCCAUGUGAGCCGAUCUCUCUCUCUCUACCAACUGUUUCUUUUUCCUCGCUUUCACCACACAAACUCAUACCCAAACAGGCACUCCUCCGCUACUUUUCGAGAAAUUUUUCAAUCUCUUCUUCCUCCUCCUCACGAUCUCUUCCCACGUAUAUAUACUAAUAAACAGAUUCACCUCUGCCUGGUUGGCGGUCUGAUUCCGUUCUGUGUGGUUGAAAUUCCACGCGGAUCCAGAGGACCUCCUUAGGCCAAUUUUCUACGGAGCUCAACCUCUGCUUUCCUCGUAGCGUGCCUGUGGACAACCCAGAAAACGAUCUUGGCUGGCUGGCUUGCUCGCUCGCUCGCUCGCUCAAAGGACCAAUUAUUCUUCAAUAUUGAGGUUUUGAUAGUUUUCAGCAUUACACUACACGUCCUCUCAGUCUGUCAGUCUGUCAGUCAGUCUCUGGGACUAUUCGGCACGGCUCUGCCCUGCACUGCACUGCACUUCAGCUUCUUGCUUGCCUGGCCUCCUGCAAUUUUUUGGUCCUCUCCUGACUGAUCCGCUCCGGGCCUGUUUGUUAUGAUUUGAGCUGAGCUUGGAGCUAGGAAAUGGCGUGUUUUGGUAGACUAGGAAUUGGGCUCAGCAUAGGCUUCGGUGUCCUCCUGUUAGCCUUUGGAGCUGAGGUCUAUUACUUGCUAUGGCGGAAGAAGAGAAUCACGGUCUCUCCUACCCCGGAAACCAAGUCCCCUUCCCCUGACUACACGCACUCCGCCAGGGAGCUCCUAAUCCAACUCAUCCGCUGGAAGAAGCCGAACCCCGCCGAUGAUCGGAUUCCCGACGUCAAGGAGGGCGAAGACCUCGAGCUCGGAACGGGGAAGGAUUCGGAUUCCGUCGCGAAGCAGUUCGUCGGCGAGGAAAGCGUGGAGUCCGAGCUCAUGAGGCUGCACAAUCUCUCCGGCCCGCCGAGGUUCCUCUUCACGAUCAAGGAGGAGACCCGGGAGGAUUUGGAGUCUGACGACGGGAGGUCGAGGAAAGGGUCUCGGGCUCGGAGCUUGAGCGAUCUGAUCCUGUCCCUCGACACGCCGUUCCUCACCCCGCUGCCCUCUCCCCCAUUGAAGGCCUCAUCGCUGAACAACGAGAGCCCUCUUCUCGACUCCUAUAACAACCCGCUGUUCGAGUAUUCGGGUCCUAUGAGGCCUCCGGCUUCUCCUCCUCCCAAAUUCAAGUUUCUCAGGGACGCGGAGGAGAAGCUUUACAGGAGGCUCAAGGAAGAGGCAGAGGCGGUAUUGAUGAGAGGAACUCUGAACAAAUCCGGGGCACAGUCACAGAAGGUCACGGCUCCGUCUAGCUCCUCUCAGGUGCUUCCCCUGGAGUCUUCUCCGACAGUACUCAGACCGGCGCCGGACAAGAAGACUGUUGUCCGUUAAACUUUCAUUGGACAUGAUGGGUCCAGUCCAGCCAUCCAUGUCCAUUUUCAUAUGUGCGUAUUCUUGAUUGAUGAUCUAAAGCUAAUUCUUUUUGGCUUAAAAGGAUUGAUUGCUACGGUGUCUUAGUAUUAGCAAUAGUAAUAGCAAGCAUUAUUAAUUGCUUCUUCCUCUUCUUGUUGUUAGUUUAGCAUAGUCUCAAAAACUUUGACCUUUACUCCUUA